CCAAGGGAAAUGUUUUGGUGAACCGGCAGAAAAAACGCGGAUUAUUGUUUUAGUUCUCUGUUUUGUGUAUUAAAUCGAUAGAGCCGCAACUGAAGAUUAUUCAACUGCAACCAGACUUGCGAACUGUAUGGGGAUAUGACAUCCAACGUUGGUUUUUGUACCGUUUAAGCGCAUUAGUGGCGCUGCAAAGCGCGACCACGUGAAAUCCAGCAACAACAAGUCGGCCGCGGCCAUGGAUUUAUCAGAGUUCUCGGACUUCCAUAUUGAUCAUCUUCUGGGCUCCUCCCCUUCGCUCCAAGAUAGCCUGGUGGUACCAUACAGGCAGGUUCCGCUUUCCAAGAUCAACGAGGAUGUGCGGACCAAACGAAGCCGGCUGGCCGAGCGUAUUGCCGAAAGUGACGAGUUGAUCCGCCAGGUGAAACAGCUCCAGGUGCAGAACAAAAAGCUGGUGGACCUGCAACGCACCGCCCAGGAGGUUACUAGUUUGUACCAGAAGGAGAAGCAGCAGCGGAUUAAACUGGAGCAGUCCUGCAGGCAGAUAAGCGAGCGCUGCGGAGAGUUGGAGAAGGAGCUGGACGCGCAGGUGCUUAACUGCGAGAAUCUGCAGGAGGAGCUGCAGGUCAGGGGACUGCCCGUGGAUGCGAAAGAUGUGCUGCCCUUAGUCAUGCAGCUAGCCCAGCGACUGGGAGACGAUUGUGGACUCUUGCGGCGGGACCAGAACAUCUUGAAGAAGCUGAAAGAGCACUGCAAAGCUAUGGACAUAAGUGUGCCCACGCCAAAGAGCCCCAGCCUGCGAAGCAAACGGAAAAGCCACCAGCCUGGGGUCAACCAAUCCACGCAAACCGACGUGGAGCCCGUGAUAACCAAGCCCCUUCUUUGUUCUGUGGCAGUGCAGGUGGAGAAUCUGAUAGAGACCCGCGACCAGGGCACGCAGCACAAGAACACCACCACCACGAGGGGCACAACCACAGCCUCUUUUAUCAGGCAGCACGAUGUGGGCACCUGCUUUCCCGAACCAAAGCCUCUGCCCAAUGUGCGGCAGAUACUGGAUGAAAUGCUCUCCUGGCGGGAUGAUAUUAUAAUCGAACCGAUGAGUCCGCUGAGUGAUCCGCAGCCGGAGUGGGAGGACGUACCCACCACAGCGAGUGUGGCCACAUGCACCACUCUGUGUGACAUACACCGUGAGAUUGACUUUAUGUCCGAGCUGCCGUCGCAAAUCAAGGUGUCCGCCUCUCGUCCACCCUCGCGAACAAUGUUGGACAGUGUGAAGGAGGAAGCCAGGUCCUCCAGGGAGCUCGCCAAGGAGCUGCUCAACUUUCUACCUCAAAACCAAAGUAGCCUGGCCAAUUUGCCGCCGCAAGCCUUCGAGGAACUGUGGCAGGUCUUUGGUCAAAUGGUGCUGGGCCUGCUGCAGCGGCGCUCCAAUCCGACGCUGGCCACUCCGCCAAGCGUCAGCCAGGCGGACUUCACCAGCUGGCUGUAUGAGCUCUAUGAGGGCACGCAGACUCAGACGGAGCAGACCUCCAGUAGUGGCACCAGCAAGAGAGAUUUCGCCGCUAGCACACAGUGCAUGGACGUUGGCACGGAUCCCAUCAUUGAGUCGCCCAACAUCAGCCAUGGAGGAGAUGUCACGCCCAUUCGCCUGCCCUCCAAGCCCAGAGAACGAAAGCGGAAAUCCAAGAAGCGCAAAGCCGUCACAAUAACAAAUCCUAUUCCAAAACGAAAUUGUUUGGAUAUGGAGCCAGUAAGGGAUGAACAAAAGCCAGAAACGGCAAUCCAAUUUUUAAGCAAAUUGAAUAAUUUUAACAUGGCCAACUGUGAUAAUCUCGAUAUGGAAUUGGAUGAGGAAGAACUAUAUUUCCUUCAGUUAACAUCCAACACGAAAGAUCAAGAAAAUGAGGAUGACAACUUGGGGGAAGAGGUUUCCAAAGACUUCGAAAGCCCCGUGAAAGGUGCUGAGUUCCUACUGCAAGAAAAUAAGGAUAGAAAUUUGACUGCAGUCCAGAAAGAGAAAGAUUUGUCUUUAAAAGAUAAUGAUCAGAAUAAUGUUAACAUAAAACUUUUGGAUAUAAAAGGAAAAACUAAAAAGCUGCUGGUUAAAAAACAGUUCGACUCGGAAGUACACAUUUUUAAAGAACCAGCAAUUAAGUCAGCAAAAACAGCACCAAUUAAAAACUUACCACAACUUUCUGCAAUAGAAGCCAAGAAAUCUGUUGAAAAUUCAAAUUUAAGGAGUCUAACAUUGCUUGAAGAAAGUCUGGAUUCGGAUCUGAACAGUUUUAAAGAGCGCAAAACGGAAAAUCCAGAUUCAACGGAAAAUAUCAAUUCACCCCUCUUCAGAGAUGACUUUAAUCCUGAUGCUGUCAUGAUAAAUAAUGUUGAAAGAGAACAAGAGUUGGAUUUAAAAUCUUUCAAAGCGCCGGAAAACCCAUUAAACCAAGAGAGUUGUGAUAUUUUACCAACAUCAAAUGCGUCACUUUUUGGCAGUGAUUCAGAUUUGGAAUCCGAAACGAGUGAGUUGAAUGAUUCUAAUGAUAGUGAAAUGGAGUGUGGUACUUCUGAUAACCAAACGGAUUUUAAAAAGCAAUCAAUUGUCUCAUUGUUCGGCAAUGAUUCAGAUUCUGAUGGGAACGAGGCUUAUACCGAAGCAGAAACCAUGGUAGAAGAGAAUAACUCGGAGCAAAAAACGAUUAAAAAUGAUCCGGAUAAUUCAAAUUCAUUUGAUUCCUUACUAUUUAAAAAUUGUUCAGACUCCAGGGCUGCAAAAGAGCCACCCUCGAAGGAACAGAGUGAUACGGAAAGUGAAAGUAGUGUCAGCCAAGACUGGCUUAGUCUGCCUUUACCCGCCGAUGCUGAUUUAGUUUCCAUAAUGCCACCUAUCGAAGAUUCAAGUUCUGGAGAUGAAGGGAACGAAAGCCAACUGCCCAAAGAGGAAACCAAUUCUAGUUCAAAUGCCACCUCAAACUUAAGUGGUGAAUCUGAAGACGAGCACAGUCUGGUAAUCGAUGAACAAACCUCCGUAGUACAACCAGAGGAAUCACCUUCCCCUCCUCCAGUACAAGCUAAAAGGAGAAAAACACAACAUGAGAUCCUAACUCCUUCGCCAUGUAGAGAAGUCCGUUUAACUCGUCAGAGAGCCAAACAACUUCUUAAUGAAGAGAAGUCCAGUCAAGGAAAAGGGUCAUCCCUUGUGGAACAAAUUAGAAAUCAAUUAAAGGAAGCAUUAACAAAGUCGGAGCCUCUAAAAAAGAACACGAAUAUGGAUCUUUCGCCCGUGGAGCCUAAAACACCAAAGGCAGAGGAGGCACACACUGAACCGAUUCUCAUUAGGCAAACCCAUACAAUCAGCGAAGAAUCGCCAGCCUCUCCUGUUUCCGAGCCAACGGACGACUUGGCCGAUCCACCCAUCGAAAUUCCCUUGGAGCAAGCUGCUUGCAGGCGGGAAGAUGGCGAACCCAAGUCGAUCCUACUGCACGUAAUUGACGUGGACAAAGGUCUCGCAAAGCUCAACAAGGUGGGAAGGAAAACUUUGGGAAAAUUGCAACCUCAGCUUUGCUCCGUAAUAGGCAAAUACCUUCAGGACACCAUGCAACUGGAGUCCUCUUGCUGUGACUUGGCCCUGGAGAUCUACAAGCUGACCAAAGAUGAGUUUGUGAUUGUGAGUGCCAUGAUAACAGUGAUCUGCAGGAUCGGCACCGAGGAGCGCCCAGUGGAACGCCUGCUGAAUGCCCUGAAGUAUUUCAAUUUCACGCAGAGAUUUCUGGCCGAGCUGGAGGAGCGACUGUUCCGGAACACCAAAGAGCGGCCAGCCAAUGACUUGGCGCUGAUGUACGUAAAGCUCUACUUGAAGGCCGUGUGUCUACAGGCGACACUGUCGGCAGAAUACGAGAAUCCGGCCAGGCUACUGCUGGCCAAAAUACUAUAUCACUUUGAUCGGGAUAUGCCGAAACUGGUGAUGGAGCUGUUGCGGCAGUUUCCCACAGUCCUGCCCCAUCGGGAGCAGCGGGAAUAUGACCACGCAGAUCCCCUGAUCACCGUGAUUAAACACCUGUUGAUGAACCGCACGUACGACAUGCAGGAUCCAGAGGGCGCCGAACGAUUGCUGCUUUCCAAGCUGCGCUUCGAGUACCACUUCCAACCCUUUGAACCCACCAAACAGCAGGUGCUAGAAAACCUGAUGGAAAAGCUGAAGGCUGGCCGACUGGCGCAGCUGGGCUACGCCUUUGCGCUCUUCUGCCGGCGCUCUGCGCAUCUCAAGGUGUUGGACAGCGUGCUGGGGGAACACCUGAUGCCGCUCGCCACCAGCUACUGUGAUCUCGCUGCCCAGAACAAGUCGUACGACGACCGGCUGGUGAUUCUGCUGCAGUGCAUCUCCUUGGUGCUGAAACCACUGCCCCUUGAAACAGAUAUCUCCGCCUUCGUGGGUUUCUUCAAACGUCUGCUCGUGGCAGUGCCACGAUCUGGAGUUCAACUGGCGGCCGUGCAGGCCAGUCUGCGCCUACAAAGAUUCGGAUUCACGUACACUCUGGAUGCCCUGAAGGACUACAGGCCCAGCUAUCAAUUGGAUCCACUGACGCGGGCCAUGUUACGAUGCUUUGCGGAGCGGAGAAGGCAGUUUCGUCGCGUAGCGGCCACUGGGAAGGCCCGAAGAGAUUAGAGCUUCUCUUGUAUGAAUUGCAACUAUUUAUUUAUGUAUGUAAUUGUAUAGAAUUUGAAUUAAACUAAAUGCCAACUGCGCUGCGGAUCUUUUCAA